AUGUACAUAGAAGUUCUAAUUGGUCUGGUGGUUGGAGGAGUGAUCUUCCUGCUAGUGCUUAGAAGAAGAAGCCAUGUUUUGAAAACAGAGGACGGCUGGUGGGGGUUUGGUCCAGUCCCUGAUGGCGAGCAAGACGCCAACAUUUACCCUUUCAAAGUGACCACUAGCGAUGAAGAGCUGGAGGACCUUCACAGAAGAAUAGACCAAACACGUGCAGUUCCGUCACUCGAAGACAGUCAAUUCAAUUAUGGUUUUAAUUUGGAAUACCUUGAGAAGGUUAAAUCUUACUGGAGGAAUGACUUUGACUGGAGGCAACAAGUGGAUAAACUCAACCAGUAUCCUCACUUCAAAACCAAAAUUGAAGGCAUUGAUGUUCACUAUGUGCAUGUGAAACCCAAACGGGUGCCAGAAGGGACCGAUCCUAUUCCUUUAAUAAUGGUUCACGGCUGGCCUGGCUCCUUCUAUGAAUUUUAUAAGACAAUCCCAUUGCUAACAGAGCCAUCGGAACCCCAAAACCUUGUGUUUGAGGUGGUGUGUCCGUCCAUACCAGGCUAUGGCUACUCGGAAGCUCCACAUAAAAAAGGUUUUGAUUCCAUCUGUGCUGCGCGCAUCUUCCACAAACUGAUGAGACGUCUGGGUUUUCAACAGUUCUAUGCUCACGGAGGAGACUGGGGCUGGCUCGUCACCACCAACAUGGCUCAACUGAAACCCAAGACAGUCAAAGGCUUGCAUCUGAACUUUGCACCACCUUGCAAACCUGGGCUGACCAUCAUUUUAUCAAUCCUGCUUGGCCGUCACUUCCCCAAGCUGUUCGGCUUUACCAGCGUGGACCUGGAACGUCUCUACCCAUGCUUUGAAAAAUUAUUUGUGGAGGCCAUCAAGGAGACCGGCUACAUGCACAUCCAGGCCACCAAACCCGACACUGCGGGUCGAGGGCUGAAUGAUUCACCAGUCGGUCUGGCUGCGUACAUACUGGAGAAGUUCUCCACGUGCACAAGUCAAGACUUCAGAAACCUGGAGGAUGGAGGUCUCACCAGGAAGUUCUCUCUGGACGACCUGCUGACUAAUGUGAUGAUCUAUUGGACGUCUGGAUGUAUGAUUCCAUCAAUGAGGUUUUAUAAGGAAAACUUGUCCCGCCUCAACUCUCCCCACAUCAAGAUGCUAGUGUCCGUGCCUACUGGGUUCGCAUGCUUCCCGAAUGAGCUGAUGCACACUCCAAAGCUGUGGGUCCAACAGAAAUUCCAUAACCUUCUCACCUACACAUACAUGGCUCGUGGGGGUCAUUUUGCAGCCAUGGAAGAACCCCAGCUGAUGGUUGAGGACAUUAACAACUUCAUCCAGAAAGUGGAGAAGAUGACAGCACAUUAA